CUUGUGUUGUCGGCCGUUUUGUUUUGAUUCCUCUUGUGUUGUCCGCCUUUCCCUUUUGAUUCCCAUAUUUAUUAUCGAUUUUCUCUCUGUGCUGUCUUUCUUUUCAGUGUUGCCAUAUUGUAGUGUCCUUUGUUCAUUACUUCACUUUUUUUCUUUUCUCGGUGGCGUCGGUUGGUUAUUAUGGCCACAGAGGCCACAGAGGAACACAAACGUUUGGCAAACAUAAUUAAAUCCUGUCACGACUCCCUACGCAUCCUAACCAAACAAUACGGAGCAGAGAAAGCAUGGCAGGAACAUACCAAAGACACCAAACGCUUGCAAGAAUAUGCAGAGGCAAUGCAUCAAUUGGCAAAUAUUUGGGAGACGAACACCACCAAUCAAGAUCUAAUGGCAAGGAGCCGUGUAAAAUGGACAAUCGAAUAUUGUAUGGCAUAUUUCUUCUCGGAACGCAUUUACCUGGAGAAACGUUUGAGAGAACAACGCCUGCUGGAAUCUUGGGAAGGUUUUGAUUGUAGUCAGUGUCAAUAUCUCGAAACAUUGCCGGAGAAAAUACGUGUGCUGGAUGUGGGUAGCUGUUUUAAUCCGUUUGGAAAAUCACAACAGCAAUUUGAGGUAACUGCCAUUGAUUUGUGUCCAGCAACGGAAGAUGUCCUCAAAGGGGACUUCCUGAAAAUUCAAGUUCAAUCUAUGCCAGACGAACCGAAAACUGUGUUGGAUGAACACAAUGAAGUUUGUACCUUACCUGCCAGCUAUUAUGAAUGUGUAGUCUUUAGUUUGUUGCUGGAAUACAUACCAAGUUCGGAGCUACGUUUGCAAUGUUGUCAAAAGGCCUAUGACCUAUUGAAAUAUGAAGGUAUUUUAAUUAUUAUCACUCCCGAUUCCCAACAUGUGGGCAAGAAUGCUGCCAUUAUGAAAAAUUGGCGUUAUUCCCUGGGAAUGCUGGGUUUUAGUCGCAUACGUUUUGAAAAAUUGCCGCACAUUACUUGUUUGGCAUUUCGCAAGGCGAGUGAUCCUCGUGUCGCACAAAGAUGGUCGCAGCUGCAUAGAGAACCCUAUAUGGAAUUGACAGUUGAUAUACCACAGGACAAUAAAACAUUUGAUGAUUGAUUUAUUAAA